AUGAUCACCUUGCAAGAAAGACUUCUUUCUGAUAUCUUGAAACCAACCAAGAUAGACGUAGGUGAUGCUGAUAGAGGGAUCGUUGUGAUAAAAAAAAGACUUGAAAGCAAAAAGGUACUUGUCAUUGUUGAUGAUGUAGAUGAAAAGGACCAAUUAACUGCUUUAGCUCUAUUGAGUGAUUCAUUUGGUCGGCGCAAGACUUUUGGUCCAGGAAGUAGAAUUAUUGUGACAACUAGAGAUCGACAUUUGCUUGAGCUACUUGAAGUGGAUAAAAAUAAAAUCCAUGAGACUCGAGAAAUGAAGGAAAAAGAAGCUCUGGAGCUCUUUAGUUGGCAUGCCUUUCGCAAUCCUUGUCCUGAUGAUUCAGGAUUUUUAGAGCUCACAAGGAGAGUGGUUACUUACUGUAAAGGUUUACCUCUGGCUCUCGAAGUUUUAGGGUCUUUUCUCUUUAAAAGAAGCAAACGAGAUUGGAAAGACACAUUGAAGAAUUUGGAAAAGUUUCCUGAUGGUAGAAUCAACAAAAUCCUCCAAAUAAGCUAUGAUGCACUUGAGAAGGAUCAGCAGGAAAUCUUCCUCCACAUAUGUUGUUUCUUUGUUGGAAUGAACAAGAAAUAUGUCACACAAAUCCUUUACGGCUGUGAUCAUCGUUCCGAAAUAGGAAUCAGUGUCCUCCUUCAACGUUGCCUUGUAACUGUUAAUGAAAGAAACAAGCUCAUGGUGCACGAUUUGGUUCGAGACAUGGGCAGAGAAGUUGUUCGUGUAGAAUCCCUUAAAGAACCUGAAGAACGUAGUAGAUUGUGGCAUCAGAAAGAGGUCAUGGAUGUACUGACAGAAGAAUCUGUAAGUACUAAAUAG